AUGAAAUUACCUUUUCAAUGGACUUAAAUGGCGAUCCUAUUACUAUCCAUAAUAAUUCUAAUAAUGACUAUUAUAUUUAUGGAGAAUGAAAUUUUAUUACCUUAAUGGGGAUCAUUAAUUAUAAUUAUUUUAAUUGGAAUCAUUUUCUACUUGUUUUAUGUAGCUUAUAAAACCUAUUAACAUGAUUCCAUAAAAAAGUUAGUAUUAAUAGGAUUCAGUGGGGUUGGCAAGACAUCAACAUAUAAUUAUUUAUAAUGCAAAAAUGUUUCUUCUUAAUAAGGAUUUACAAUAGGAACUUCUGGAGAACUUGGUAUUGUUGACACUCCUGAUUUUGAUCUGGAAACUGAUUUCGAUAUCAGAGAAAUUAGAAUCAAAUAAUUUUAAUAGUUUUUUAUAAAAUAUCAAAAUUCUAUUAGAACACUAUUAUUGGUAGUUAAUUUUGAAAGAACAGACUUAAUGAAAUAAAAGAUCAAUAAAACUUUAAAGUUUUUGAUUAAGUUUAAUUGUAAAUUCUCUUUAUUGAUUACUAAUUUUGAAUUGAGUGAAAACUAAUUUGAAGAUGAAACAAAUUUAAAAUAAGCUUUCAAUUUUUAUCAUUUUUAGAAAAUUUUGUUUGUAGAUAAAAAUAAAAAUAAUUCAGAAUUAAAAUAAGAAUUGAUUUAAAUAUUAUAAGAUACUCCUUAAUAAUAAUUAAAUUUAUAGGAUACAAUUUUUGAAAUUAUUCAGAAAAAGGAGUAAUAGAAAAUUAUGGAAUAAAUUUUUCAUUAAUCAUAAUAAAAAAAGUAAUAAAUUUGA